AUGGCGUCUAGACUGGGCUUUGGCAGCUUUCUGCUUGUCCUGGGCAUUAUCCUGGUGCUCAUGCCCGGCAAAGCGGCAGCUUUCGGAGCUGGCAACAUUCCUUCGAUCGCGCAGGUCGAGGGAGUCAAUUGGCGACACGGCGACAUUGAGGACAUGCUCAAGACUCUCACCUUCUUACACGGCAAGAAGUGGACAACACUGCUCGUUCAGCGCACCUACUUUGGCAACUGGCUCCGAGACUACUCCCAGGCCGUUGAUGUAGGCAGUUUGAAGGGCGUCAAUGCCGCGACAAUCCGCAUCCUCGUCUGGGUCUUGUCGUUCCUGGCCAACGGCUACGCGACUGAGGAGUUCGAGGUUACUGAAGAGCGCCUGGGAGUUUACCGUCCCGAGGAGCAUAUUGACAACCCUCUUGGCUACGCCGAUGGCAAGGACGCGCGAGAGUUCGAUAAGCGACUGCGCGGCCCCGUGUCACCUGCAGAAACUGAGAUUGACCCGCGCACUGGUAUGAAGAACUACAUUGCCAAUGAGUCUGGCGGCUGGGCUACCAGUGCCGGUUAUCUUCGUUUCAGCUUUGCGCGAUCAAUACAUUACGGCAGACUCUACACCAGCGGAUCCUCGGGCAAGGGUAAAGAGGAGGACCUGUGCGAGGCGCUUCGAUGUCUCGGCCAAGCUCUGCACUGUAUGGAGGAUUUCUCGGCUCAUAGCAACUACUGUGAACUCGCGCUCCGCGAAAUGGGUUAUCACGACGUCUUCACCCACUGUGGUACACAGUCUGAGAUCCACCUCAAUGGCAAGCGAGUUUACCCCUUGGUGACCGGAACCUUUGGUGGCGUGGAUUUCUUGCACUCUGUCCUCGGUGAAGCCAAUGACCACUUUACCCAAUCCGAGGUCGACGAGCUGGACAUUGCUUUGAAGAAUGCCGAGGCGGCCCAAAAGACGGGAGGUGGAGGUGGUACCCGCGGUUUUGGCGGCAGUAGCGGCGCCAUGGACUUUAUAUCUCUUGUCGGUCAGUUGCCAGGCAUCGGAGGCGGAUUUGCAUCUGAAGCCAGUAACCUGAAGCGCAUGGCGGCGGAGCAAGAGCGUGAGAACGAGGUGCGCUCGCGUGGCGACUUGAGCCGGGCGAAUGCCAAUGCUAUUCCUGGCAUGAGCGCCGACUUUGAUCCCGUCAAGACUGCUCAGCGGAUAUAUCCUAUACUCCAGUUCAGGGACAAAAUUGUCAAGUCAAUCAAUAGGGGCAUCGCCAAGAUUCCAGGUCUAGAAAGUCUGCUGGAGCACAUCAGCGAGACUCUGACGGCAUUUGUCUUGGGUCUCCUUGCGCCCUUUAUUCGCCCAAUCAUCAGCCAACUCACAAAAGUAUUGAAGGAUGGCUCAUCAGGUGUAAUCACUGCCAGUGCCAACUCUCAGCUUGAGCCCUGGAAGAAUCCCAACUGCACCGACCCAACACACUCCAUGCUCAGCAAGGACCAUUUCACCAACAUUCUCAACUCGUGUGCCGGCAGAGUCGGUGCCACGGUUUUGCAAUACGUCGUUCCCCGCAUUCUUUACGCUUGGGAAAACACUAGCGUGCCUGUCGAAGAGGUCGUCAACGACGUGCUGCGCGCUUUCCACCAUCCAGCCAUUCGAGAUGAGCGCGUCGAGAUCCAACGUGACAUGUACAAUACUGUUCGCAAGUGGGCCGAUGAGUAUCCUCGUCGCCACGAACUCAACCACAUUCUUGGCUCGGAGAGUGUCAAGAAUGGCAAGAAUCACGUCCUGACCAGCGCCAGCAACAAAGGUCAUUCUCACGGAGGCGGAAUCUUCGACGGCGGCGUGGGUCAGCUGGGUCAUGGCAAGCCUACUGGCAGUUUGUGGAGUCAACUGCAAACCAGAGAUCUCGACGCCAUGGGUGCCGGGUCUGGCGGCGGCGUUGGCUACAUGGGAGCUAGCUCGCCGCAACCUGCACAUGCACCAUCUCGACCCCCAGCUGGCGAGACAUUUGGUUACCAAGGUGCGGCAACCGGUGGAGAAGCCGAUAGCUAUCUGAACCCGCAGUCGCAUUCCGGUGGCGGCGGCGGUGGCAGCUAUGGCGGUCACUCCCCGCAGCCCUAUGGUCAAGGCCAAGGUUAUGGACAGCCGCAGCAAGGAUACGGUCAGCCGCAGCAAGGAUACGGUCAGCCGCAGCAAGGCUAUGGUCAGCCACCUCAAGGCUACGGAGGACCGCAGUAUGGCGGGCCUCCGGGACCUCAGCAGGGUUGGGGGCCGCCACCACCCGGUCAAUGGGGCGGCGGCCCUCCUCCUCCUGGCCCACCCGGCGGCUACCCCGGACCAGGUUACGGCCAAGGGCCCCCUCCUCCGCAAGGAGGCUACCCACCGUACGGACAGCAGGGAUACGGUGGUGGCUAUGGAAGAUACUAG